AUUGGACAGUUGUACCGAUGCGCGGCUGUUCGCAUACUAGCUUCCCUAUGUAAAUUAACCCUCCUUUUUGUUAAAUAUGUCUGCUUCUACUGGGAACUUGGCAUUGGUUUGGGAUGACCUAAAAAGCGGUUUUGACGCUAUAUUCAGGCUGGAGACAAUCAAGAGAAAAAGAUACAUGGAGCUUCAUACUCAUGUUUACAAUUACUGUACAUCAGUCGACCCGAAAUCUCAUGCAACCCCCAGUAGGAGUGCUAUAGAAACUGAACCUGGGGGGAAAUUAGUAGGUUUUGAACUGUACAAGAAGUUGCGUAACUAUCUAAAGGCCCAUGUACACUCCUUAAAACUAAAAGGAAAUAAUCUAGUUGAUGAAGAAACCCUUUCAUAUUUCGAGAAGGCUUGGACAGAAUUCCGUUUUGCUUCAAGAGUUCUGGAUGGAGUUUGUAAUUACUUGAAUAGACAUUGGGUUAAACGGGAAUGUGAAGAGGGACGGAAGAAUGUUUAUGUCGUUUAUACAGUACGUGAUUCUUUUUAUUGUUGUAAAGUAUUUGAAGUUACAGUACUGAGCAAGCCGAAAAAGAUUUUAUACUCCCUCUUGAUAUAUACACUAUGGAUAGUGAGUAGUCCUGUACCUGUUGGCAUUUAUUCAUUCAACCCUCGGUGGCUUUCAUGUCAUAUUUCACUUAGAUAUUAUAAUUAGUAUUUGUCGUGCAUCACGUCGUUCGGUCAUUCAUUCCAACAUAAACUGUAAUCGUCAUUCUUGUCUUUCUCUAGGUCUCAGUAUUGACAAAAGCAAAAAAUUACUAAGACUACGUAAGUGUUGGUAAUAGUAUUAUCCUCAACGCUGUAACACUGCUACUCCUCUUCCUAGUAAACGUGGUGUUAAUCUAUGAUCUGUGUUCGGUUUCGGAUAUAAGCUUUUUUCUCACUAGUAUUUUAUCCCUGAUUGUGACAUUAUUUAGCUUGGGUAUUCGGCGCUGUAUAAAAAUAUUUUGUGAAAACAAGAGUACAUCGGUACAUAACUUAUGUUCUCUCAUGACAUUAGCUUUCCCCUGCCAUUAUGAUUUAGUAAGCUAUGGAGCUUUGUAAGCCCAUACCACUGGUUAGAAAAUACAAGGUCUUCGUCCGAAUAUGUGGAUAUUUGCCUAGGGAUAUUCCGUACUCCUAAGCUGGUUAAACUUAUGGGGCUGUAGUUUUCGAGAUCAUGCCAAAUAUUUAUUUCGGGGAUAAGAUUUACUACCACCUACUUUUGCCACUGCCAAAUAAGCCGCAGACUGAUUAAAAACUAAGGUCCCUUUAGUAGCUUUUGGUGCAUUUCGUCUGGUCCUGGUAAUCUCACAGGUUUGUUUAGUGAUCAAACGAUAAGUAUUUAGGAUGUUACUUUACCCAAAUGACAUUCAUAAUACUAUUGGUACAAGGGGGCGCCAGAUAUAUAUGCGCCACACUCAUUUAUAAGCAUCCUCAAGCUGUUUUAGACUUUGUUAGUGUUAUUCCUACCGCGCAAACGUUUUCAUAUGAUGAAGUUAUCCAAUUAAACGUCCAAUGGUAACCUAUCCAUCUUUAUCACCCUAUGGUUUUUACUCAGUCUCUUGCUCAAUAAUUGUGACCUUUUUGGAUUAGUGGUCCCAAAAGGUUUGUUUUCAACAUCUGAAUGGCGUCUAGUAUCCAGUGGAUGCUUCGCUAUUGGUUGGUCUAAGUAGUCUGUCUUAUAUUUACUGUUAUCAAAGUAGGUGACAUUUACAACUGCUUAUACGUCGGUAACGACUAAUUUAUCGGUCACCUAAAUACGCGUGUUCACUACAUGUGAGGUUUUUCUGUUAUAAAUCAUAAGUAUACAUGGAGAGGUAACUUGCUGAUUGGGAUAUUCGAUUUCUGACUAUCAGACUGCAAUUUUGAGCCUCGCUACAUCUAAUGCGUCUUGGUUAGAUAGGUAAUGCUACUAGCUCUCAUGCCAACUGGAUGAAUGUAAACGAUGCCGAUCAGAUAUGUUGGUUACAUCAUUUGAUUGUCAUAUUACAGUUAAAUUGUCAUAUGGUAGAUUGUAUAGUCAAGUUAACUUGUUUUUUGUUGAAUGAUCCUUUGUUCUUGAAUACGAUACCUGAGUUUUGUCGUAGUUCAGUACUUAUUCUUUUGAUAUUUAUUUAAGUAUAUAAAUAUUGAUAAAAAAGGACACCAAAACAUAUGCGUAACAGUAAGAAUGAGACUAUGAAUAGACGGAGAAGAGGUUAGUAUAAUAAUAAAACGAAUGAAUUAAUUUAGUAGGGUGAAUAACAUUACGAAUGAAAAUAACAAUAGUAGCUAUAGUGUAAGAAACAGUUCAGCUAAGGGAAAUACAAUCAGAAUGGAAUGUUCCUCUCAUUUAUAUGAAGAAAGUGAAAGUUAUAGCAGGAUUGCCACUGGUUCAUAUUCUGAGCCGUGUCGGAUAACACCUCAAGCCACUUUGUUGAAUUAAUUCUAGAACCCCAACCAGGGGUAGUAAAGGACCAACAUAUGCUAGUCCUAUGCUGUUUCCUUUCAUAGCACAUCGCCACCUCAUUAACUGGCCACCUAUCCAUUCUUUCCAACCAGUCCCAGAUUCGGUAAAUAAUUCACGAGUCGCUUAACAUCCUCAACUUGAAGAGGCUAAGCUUCACAAGUAUGGGAUAAAAUUGCUCUCACUGACGCGCUGUAGAUCCGACCUUUAUCAGCUAGGGUGGCAUCACGAAGGCAUCAAUGAUGGCCCGGAUUGAUACAAGCCUCUGUUUUUCACUGUGUUGUUUAAUCUUGCCAAUAAUGGCAUCACCAGUACCUACACAACUACCCAGAUACACGAACUUCUCGACUUCUAUCUGCUCAUCACUAAGAAUAAAUGCAGGUAGUGCCCUGCUAGACUGAGUAAAGUACUUUGCAUUUGGAAGUGACUAAGGGCAGGUUUUAUGGCUUGAUUACCAUCUCACAGUAAGAAAUUAUCAUCCGCGUACUCAAGAUCGGUUUGCAUUUCCUCAGGUAAAAUCCACACCACUAUUACCUACACCCAUAUGAGCUGUUUCCAGAACGUCAUCAAUGAAAAAGUUGUUAAGGUGUGGUGAUACUGGGAAACUCUGACUAAACCCACUGUUUAAAUGAAGCAAUGAAGAGAGGUGGUUAUAUGCUCCCACUCUGUCCGAGGUAUUUGUAUAUAAGGCCCUCAAAAUGUUAAUAACCAUCUCAGGGACACCCUUUUUUCACUAGACAAUCCUAGAGAACAAUCCUGUCGAAGAAAUCGAAGGCGGGCCUGAUAUCAAGAAGUGUAACGUUUGUUAGCCUGCAAUAGAUAUGAUGGUGUUCUAACAUUUGGCGAAGGGUGAAGAUAAGAUCAAUUCGUCUUCGAUCAGAACGAAAAUCAGCCUGAUCCUCGCUAGCCAGUCUUUCAGGAGUUUUGAACAAUCUGCGAAGUGUGUUGGAAGUUCACAAUUCGGACUCAACCGGUGGUAAACUUAUCCCCCGAUAGUUGUUGCAUACGUGACUUGAACCCUUUUUACUGAUAGGGGCGACUAUCAACCUAUUCCAGGGUGUUGGAACACUCAAUGUACUGGUGAGCUGUUUGGUACACUGUUCACAAAUUAAGUUCGCUUUAUUAUCAGCUGUUUCUGUUCAGCCAACGUACUUGUCGACAUGUUGUUCAUGAAAAAGCUUGUUUGGAAAUUCAGUUUUAUAAUUUUUAUUUUUCUGCUUAAUUAACAUUUCAGGUCCCCAUCUUUUAAAGACCUCAUGAUUAUACAUUUGCUUCUUUUUUGAUGAAAAUUAGUUCCCAGCUUUGAUUAGCUUGCACUAAUAACAUGGCGCGAACACUUACUAAAACCUCAUGCCAGGGUUUUAAUCAGCGCAAUUCUCCGUGAGAUCGAACGUGAACGACGUGGAGAAAUUCUAUCUACCUUACGACUAAGGAAGAUUAUUGAGUGCCUGGUUGAGUUGGGUAUUACGUCUGACCAACAGUCUUUCUCAACAUCUACGUUAACUGGAACUACUACAUCCCCUAGCGAACCCUUGCCAUAUCUAAUGAAACCUUUUAAAUCUAAUUUUCCCCCGAAACCUAGUGGUUCUACCGUAAAACCAAAUAAGUCUGAAGUGGAAUCCAGCUUUCAAGGUACAUCAAAUAAAACCGUCCCGAAUUUUCGAGGUCCACUUCAUCCCGGAGAUCCAGCGGAUGAAUCUACUUCCAAUACUCCUAGUGCGACAUCAUCAUUGACAUCCGACACACGAACCAAUCUAUCAGUUUAUCAGGAAUACUUUGAACGACCAUUUUUAACUGAAACUGAACGAUAUUACCGAUUGGAAAGUGCUCAAUUUUUACAGUCAAACACAGUUCCUGAAUACCUUCAAAAAGUGGAAACACGAUUAAAUGAAGAACGUAUUCGUGUUCAAACUUAUCUACAUAUAAGUACACUUCCCAAAUUAAUUAGAUCUUGUGAACAUUAUUUAAUUGGUGAACAUAUUGAUCGGUUAACAUCUGUCUUCUCGGAUCUUUUCAAUGAAGAUAGAGAGGAAGAUAUAUGGAGAAUGUAUCGCUUAGUUGGUCAUUUUCCUAGUGGAAUACGUGUUCUUGUCUCUGUCAUGGAAGAUCAUGUUGCUGAUAAAGGUUGGGAAGCUAUCCGUCAAGUGGCUGAAGCUGCUUUAAAUGAUCCCAAAUUGUAUAUUGAUACAAUAUUAAAAGUUCAUCAAAAACAUUAUAAUCUUGUAUUAUCCGCUUUUGCUUGGGAUCCUGCAUUUUCACGUGCCUUAGACAAAGGAUGCGAACGUUUUAUAAAUCGUAAUGCUGUCACUGAAUUAGCUGGAAAUCAAAGAAAAUCCCCUGAACUUUUAGCUAAAUAUGCAGAUUUCUUAUUAAAGAAAAGUGCAAAAGAUAUUCAGUUGGAUGAUUUGGAAGAAACACUUGGACAAGUAAUGAAUGUAUUCCGCUACAUUGAAGAUAAAGAUGUCUUUCAAAAAUUCUAUAGUAAAACAUUGGCUCGCCGUUUAGUUUACAAUCAAUCUGUAUCCGAGGAUGCAGAAGCUUCUAUGAUUUCCAAAUUAAAAGAAGCUUGCGGUUUUGAAUAUACUGCAAAAUUACAACGAAUGUUUCAGGAUGUCAAUGCUACUAGAGAAUUGAAUGCGAAAUUUUCAGAUUAUUUACAAAAACAAGAAGAAGCCAAUGGUAGUACUAUUAAAGGAACUGAUUUUAAUAUCAUGAUUCUUAGUUCAAAUGCAUGGCCAUUUCAAGCUCAAGGACCUUUUUCAAUUCCUCCUGAAUUGGAACAAUGUCACAAUACAUUUCUUGCUUUCUAUCAAGAACAUCAUACUGGUCGUAAAUUAACAUGGUGUUAUCAUUUAUCACGUGGUGAAGUUGUUACUAACUAUACUAAAACUAGAUAUAUAUUUCAAGUUUCAACGUACCAGAUGUCUGUUUUAAUGUUAUAUAAUUCAUCAUUAGUGUACACAGUAUCAGCUAUUCAACUACAAACUGGUAUUGAAGAAGCUACAUUAUUACAAAUUCUACAAAUUUUACUUAAAGCUAAAGUAUUGAAAAUUGUAUCCGAUCCAAAAUGUGAACUAGAUCAAUCAACUGUAAUCAGUGAUGAUUCAAACGAAUCACAAUUAGCACCGGAUACACAUUUGGCACUGUAUACAGAUUAUAAAAAUAAACGUGUUCGAGUUUAUUUAAAUGUUCCUUUGAAAAGUGAAACAAAACAAGAAAUUGAACAAACUUUAGGGAAUGUAGAAUCUGAUCGAAAAUUAAUUGUUCAGGCUUGUAUAGUCCGUAUUAUGAAGACUAGAAAAGUAAUGAAACACCAUCAAUUGAUCUCUGAAGUUGUUACACAAUUAACACCUCGAUUUAAACCGACUGUAUUAUUAAUUAAACGAUGUAUUACUGCUCUCAUUGAAAGAGAAUAUAUUAAACGAGAUAAUAAUGAACGAGAUGCUUAUGAAUAUUUGGCUUAAUUUUUCCCUACUUUAUGUAUGUUGCUGCUUCUACGUGUAUGUAUGUAUGGCUUUACAUUCUGUGGGCUUUCUCUAAUAAAUCAGUUUUUAAUUAACUUUUUUUCCGUUCAUCAUUUUUUGCAACGAUUGUUUCAUUCUAAUUUGGUUACAUUUUAUUUUUUCUCUUUUGCACAACAAAUCCAUAAUCGAUUUGUUUGUAUUUUGAUAUAAUGUUCUGCAGCAAGCACCCUUUGAAAAUAUCACCUCAGAUGUUCUUGUUUUUGUUUUAUUAUUAUUAUUCAUUUUCAUUGAUAACUACUACCUUGUUCCAGUUUCCUUUAUUCUUACUUUCCGAUUGUUCACUUGAUAAAUCGAAUGUAUUUCGUCAAAUCGAGAUAUCAAUAUCUCAGUAUGGUUACACUUCUGAAGCUGGUGUAUUUCGUCAGCGUUCCGUACAUCGGAAAAUGAUGCGCUGUUGUUUUAUGUAAACAUUUAUGUUAUCAUAUUUUUGCUAUUCUACUUGCUUCCAGUUCCUCUUUACUCUUUUAUAUUGUACCUUUGUUAUUGUUUCCAUUAUACAUAUGUUUAACUAUCUCCCCCUUUACCAUCCAUAUAGUUAUGAUGUGAUUUGUAAGCAAAAAGUGGGAAAAACACUUUUGCCAACCAACCGAUUCUUUAAACUUAUUCAAAACGAUUCGGUAAGAAUAUUUCACUUUGUUAAAUGUAACACCCUAACCAAAUGAUGACAUUACUGAUGUAUCUAACUAACAGUAAGUAUUAUUGUAUGCCUAAGAAUAAUGAUAGUCAUAUUAGGUGCUUCCAAAAUUACUUUCUCGUAUUUAUGCAUAAAUAGAAAGAAGAGGAAUCUCAAAGUAUACUGUUCUAAUCAUGGAAGAAUUUGUUUCUGUAGAUUACUUGAUAUGGUUUUGAAAUCAGAACACUGUAAAAGCCAUGAAUUUUAUGAAAUAACUGCAUUUAUGUUCAAUUACUUCAACAUUGUUCAUAUACACUGUGUUCAAUUCAUUCUUGGAUGUCAGCUGCAUAUUAUGUUUGUAUUGCCUAUAUGUUGAAUGCCAAGUAUUUAUCUAGACUCUUGGAAUUUCACUCAAUCAACCAAACAACAAGUUAAUGUUUUCACACACCCAGAAACUGGUUAGAACACUUCAUGUUUAAUCUAGUUACUUUUGGAUCAUAACUACUUGUCACGACUGGUCUUAUAUACGUCAAAUCUAUUGGGUGAUCCAAUUUCCAGAAACAAUCCAGCUUAUCAGCACCCGGAGGAUUCCUAUUACUCUCGGUAACCUCUGACGGACGACAAACUUCCUCACGUUCAUUCCUGUGGGAGAAUGGUUUAGUGGCACUGAAUCCUAACCACAAUCGUCAAUGCUAAACAAGAAAAAACUGGGAAAAUUAUUUUUUUUGUAACACUGAGAGAAUGUCAAUAAUGGUGGACGUGGUCACAUUAAUUGGAAGCUGAAUUCAUCAGAUGGCAUGACUUGCAGGCAUGGUCAUUCUGGUAUAACUUCAAUUUUAUUCAUAUCAAAUAUAUUGCUCUAUCUUCAGA